AUGAAUGGUCCUGGCCCGCUGGAGGCCCUCCCCAACGUGACGCCGCUCACGCCGCGCGUCACCCGUAUCCUUGGUCAGAACCCUUCCCUCAUGACGCUGCAGGGGACCAACACGUAUCUCCUGCAGCCGCCUUCGUCGCCGUCUGCCCCAGCGAUUCUGGUAGACACGACCAUGCCCGGCGACCCUGCGACGGCAUGGUCUGAGAUUGUCCUCACCCAUCUCAAGUCCACCUCGGCUUCCAUUGCCCACAUUGUCCUGACGCACCGACACGUCGACCACGUCGGUGGUCUCGUGCCCCUCAUCGCUGGGCUCAAGGCCGCCGGCCUGCCGGCCCCCAAGGUGUGGAAGACGCCCAGCGUCGACGAGGCAACCCUCCAGGCCUCGGAGCGCGAGUGGGACAGGUACUCGUGUGAUGCCGGUUUGGCCAACAUGCUCAACGAGCUGGGAGACGGCGCGGUGGACGCGUUCAAGCCCCAGGACCCUAUCCACCCACUGGCCGAUGGCUCGCGGGUGCAGGUCGAGCAUGAGGGUAAAGCCGUUGGCGUCACAGUUGUCGCGACGCCGGGCCACACGGCCGACUCGGUGUCCCUUGUUGUUGACGGAGAGGACAAGGAGGUCUUCACCGGCGACACCGUGCUGGGGCAGGGCACGACAAUCUUCCAGGACUUUGGUGCUUACAUGGCCUCGCUGAAGCGUCUCCUGGCCCUCGACGCCGGCGUGCUGUACCCGGCCCAUGGGCCCGUCAUCAAGGGCGCCGAGCACGUCCGUACCCACUUGACAAACUACAUUCGCCACCGGCAAGAACGCGAGGACGUCAUCGUCUCCGCGCUGCAGUCCCUCAAGGCCGAGCCGGGCACGCUCGGCAUCAAGCUGGACGUCAUCCGCUCCGCUGCAGCAGACAAGGCGCGACAGGGCGAGAGGGCCGACGGCCACCGCGCUGCUGGCGCCACGGCCGAUGCGCACCAGGCGGCGUCGGACGCGGCGCUCAACUCGACGCCCAUCGCUGCGUCCUUCCCGACAAGCGGUGAGGCGGCCAGCGCAGCCACAGUGCCCCUCCUCGUGCGUCUCGUGUACCAGACCGGCCACGAGGGUCUCAUCAACGCCGCGAGCCGGACACUUGCCUCCCACCUCUCCAAGCUGGAGAGGGAGGGGCGUGCGCGUAAGAUUACAGCGACCAUGCCCCAGGUCAAGGACUGGGUCGUUGAGGGCAACGACGCGGGCGACGCCUGGGAGUGGAUCGGCGAGCCGGCCCCGCCAGUGUCGGGGACUGGCUGUUGCUAG